AUGGCUGAGUUGAACGAGAUACCGAACGAAAUUAAAGCGUCAGCUUUGGAAUUAAUCGGUAACACACCUCUAGUGGCCCUGGAUCGUUUACAUCCUGGUCCAGGACGUAUACUCGCUAAAUGUGAGUUCAUGAACCCUGGAGGCUCUUUGAAAUGCCGUUCAUCGCUACAUAUGAUCCAAAAAGCCCGUGAACGAGGGGAUCUACAGCCAGGUGGUGAAGUCAUCGAAAUGACGUCUGGAAACCAAGGCUGUGGUCUCGCUGUUGUCUGUGCAGUUUUAGAACAUCCACUCAUCGUAACAAUGUCCAAAGGAAAUAGCAUUCAACGUGCAAUACACAUGGAAGCCCUCGGAGCUAAGUGCAUCAGAUACCCCCUCGUAGAAGGAACAUAUGGAAACGUGACGUUCGCUGACGUCGAAGAAGCUUUAAAUGCCGCAAUAAAAAUGUCAGAGGACUCUGGCGCAUUUUUCGUUAAGCAAAUCGCGAAUACGGACAAUGAAGAUGCACAUUAUUGUACAACGGGACCUGAAAUAUGGAGACAGACGGGACAUCGAGUUGAUGCGUUUGCCACCGUCGUCGGUACCUCGGGGACAUUUUCUGGAGUCUCAUCGUAUUUGAAAGAGCAGAACCCCGAUGUAAAGUGUUACGUUGUUGAACCAGAAGGUAAUCAGCCGUUAAAAGGAUGCCAGAUAACUAAACCAUUACAUUUAUUACAAGGUGCAAGUUAUGGAAUCAUUCCUGAUCUAUUUAAAAAAGAUUUGAUGGAAGAUAGCAUCAGUGUUACAGAUGAUGAGGCUGUGUACUAUAGGGAUCUAAUUGGAUCCAAAGAAGGUUUAUUUGUAGGAUAUACAAGCGGUGCUAAUGUCGCUGCAGCUGUUAAACUACUGAAUUCAGGAAAAUUACCCGAAGAUGCGUGGGUUGUUACCAUUCUUUGCGACACGGGUUUGAAGUAUACUCCAGUGCCUGAGUCCCUAAUUGAAUAA